AUGGAGGGAUGGGAGGUUCCCACUUCUUUGGGGCCCUCAGAAGCCAAAGAGAACAGCUCAUCAUCAAUAGUUAACAGGUCUUGUGAGAAUCUGGAAUGCUACAUGGUCCUCAUCAAGGCGGAGAAGACAGCCAUUGGCUCCAUCUGUUUCCUGGCAGGUCCCAUCACACUGCUGGAAAAUGCUCUUGUGUUGGGAGUGAUCGCUGCCACAGCCACCUUGCGUCAGCGGCCCUCAUAUCUGUUCAUUGCCAGCCUUGCUCUGGCUGACGUCUUCGCCAGUUGCUUCUUCACCACCAGCUUCUUGGACUUUCACCUCUUUCGGCGCAGUGACGGCCCCACAGCCUACCUCUUCAAAUUAGGUGGUGUCACCAUGGCUUUCACCAGCUCAGUGGGGAGUUUACUGCUGACCGCUCUGGACCGCUACCUGUGCAUCCAGCAGGCCUCCAGCUAUAAGGUGCUUCUGACCCGCCGGCGAGCUGUGCUGAGCCUGCUGAUCCUCUGGAGCGCCACCAUCCUCAUCUCCUUCUUGCCUCUGAUGGGCUGGAGGUGUCCCACAGGGCUGAAUCCACCCUGUUCACGCCUGUUUCCCUACAUUAACCAGGGCUACCUGGCCUGCUGGACCAGCUUCACACUGGUGCUUCUGGCUCUCAUUUUGGGAGCUUACGCUCUCAUCCUGUGGAAGGCUCACCGCCAUGAGUCUGCCAUGACCAGCCUCCAGGGAGCAGCGGGGACAGGCCAAGCCCGCAUGAGAAUGGAUAUCCGGCUAGCACGCACCUUUGGCCUGAUCCUGCUCAUACUAGUGAGCUGCUGGCUUCCUGCACUCUCCUUCAUGUUGGCUGAUGUCUCUGUGCUCCUGACCCACACCCAACAGAGGGCCUUCGCCUUUUGUAGCACCCUCUGCCUGGUUAACUCUGCAGUCAACCCACUGCUGUAUGCACUGCGCUGUCGAGAGCUAAGAGUUGCUUUACAGCAGUUGGUACAAAGGCUGUGUGAGAUUGGGAAGUGUAAAAAAUCACCAGAGGAUUUAGCCCCAGGAUUACCCAACACAGAAGACAACAACUGUACUGCUGUCAUGGAGGAUGAGAUGUCCAGGUGCAGAAACACACGAUUUAACUCAAUCUCAGAAAUGGUGAACAAUCAGAGGCAGGAACUCUGAGAAUGAGUUGAAAUGAGAGAGUAAUUGUAAAGAUUGAGAUUUGUCUGAGUUUGAGGCAGCGUGCUAAACAGAUAUCACUGAGAACUUCACUCUAGAUUAUGAAUCAAACCUUCACAUAUCAAAUCAACACAUAUGAGCAGAUUUCAUUCCCAUCAAAUUACUGUGGGAAUUAGUGCUGGCAUAUACUCCAGCUUGCCUUUUUGAUCCUUUUUAAUGUGGUAAAGGCUGUUAGAUAAUAACAGCUGAACACUGUUAGUAAAAAAGAUCAAACAGUCCAUAAAAUGUGCUACAUAUUUAGUUUUACUUGCAGUUACAAGAUACAUCAGAAAAAUGGCUUAUAGGAGAAAACAUUGAGCUUGGCAAAUAUUUUGUCAUCAUUAAAUAUGACUUAAAUAAUAACGAUAAGAAUACUUAACAUGGUAGAUUUCCAAAUAUAGUAAGGACCAUACACUAGUAAGAGAUUCCAGUGGCUUCUUGUCUGUAUGCAUUGGUUUAGAACAGACAAAAGAUUAAGUGUAUGUUGGACUGGAAGCGAGAUGAUGUCAUGUGGAAAUCUAACCCAAAGGCGUUAAUUUUAGGGGAGACACAAAGGACAUAUCCCCUUCAAUAUUUAGAUUGCAUUUAUUUUAGAUGUGCAUUUGCCUCCUUCAGUAAAAACCUGAAAGAAGAAGAGGACUUUUGUUUUGAGAGAAUUACAAUAUUUACACCAUAAACUGAUGCAGAUAACAGUGCAUCAAAGUUCCAGGCUGUUCUCACAAACUGUACAUUUUCCUACAUAGGAUAUAAUAUGAACCAUUCUAUAAGGAUACAUUGGCAAUUUUACAGGAAUGCAGCGAAUUACGGAUUUGAUACUCAAAAAUUUCUGGUGGAAGCCCCCCCAGACUCCUUGGUUCAUAUGUUUCCCUCAAGCGGCAACCUCCGAGGCUGAGAAAUAAAGACAAUGCAGAACAGGCCAAAACAGUAAUUCAUCGCCACCUGAGGCUGACUCCAAUGCCCAUUAUUUAUUAUAUAUUUAUUAUAGUUUACGGUGUGUCCCCCUACCCAGUGUUGGAGCGAAACCUACGCCCUUGAUCUAACCUAUAACCUUUGCCCUG